GCAUGGAUGUUUAUGCUUGAUUACGGCACAUCGCAAACGUGUAGAUUCGAUACGGAAUCUCGAGUUACGACCAAGCCGUACUUUCUGUAUAGCAACACUGAUUCGUACGGAAAUCCACUGAGCAGCAAGCAACUGGGACAGUGUAAAUUUCCCUUCUGCAGAUGUCAUGGGGAUAUUUAUCAAAGGUUGGUUCCCGGUCUUAAAAGUUGCUCAUGGAAUGGAUGUUUCUCCUGCUAGCGGAAUAUACGACCUCUGGACGAACACUUACACUCUGAAUGAGUAUAACGACACGGAUGAUGCGUUCUCAUUUGCCGCCAAUACCAUGACUUUCAAGUCUAGUAUAGUGGAUACUUGGUCAAGCUAUUAUUUCCGGGCAGUGCGUGUUUCAAUGUACUCGUCAGGAUCAGAAAUUCGGCAAAUUACAUUUAAUGCACAUGGUGCAGACAAGACAUCUUGGUUUUCAUGUGAUAGAAUUCUCUACACGUCUUGGACCGACUUGAAUCGUUACGCGACAAAGGAUUACUGUAGUGUGUUAGGACACUCUGCAAACAACAGAUACUUUUUCAUGGAAAACUCUUUAGGGGCUUCCUGUGACGAAAGUAGUGGAUGGUUUGGCGUGAUGGAAGCCUCCUCCGGGAGCUGUUCUUGGGAACAGAAAGGAACAAGACCAUAUGCGUUGUACAGUUCGGGAACCACAAUGAGCUAUAACAAAGAUAUGGUUAUAGCGGACGUGUUUGCGAUAUCUGUGUCCAUGGACCACAUAUGCGAUAUUGUUACAUGCGAAAACGGCGCCACCUGCAUCGACUGGGGAGUUACAUAUCGAUGUCUUUGCGAACCGGAAUAUUACGGAUGGCUCUGUCAGAAUAUUGAUGGUAACUAUACGUCUUGGACGGAUUGGUCCGACUGUAGUACUUCGUGUUACGCUCAGGGGAUUCAGUAUAGGAAUCGAACGUGCACAAAUCCAACUCCUCUGGGGAUAGGACUAGACUGUACCAGAUAUGGAGAACCAGCUCAGACCCAAAACUGCAUACCAACAAAUCUGGAUAUCUGUCCUGAAUACAAUACAGGAGAAAUGGAUAGAGACACGUCCUAUCUAAUGGUUUGUCCAAGUGAUUUCUAUAUACAUGUGUAUGCUGCAAAAUAUGGAAGUGGUGUAUUGUGUAACGACGCGAAUGCCCUUGAGGAUGUAAGAGCAGCGUGUCAUUUACAGACAGAUCAGUGCAAUGUUACGUUUUCUGACACGUUUUUCUCUGGCAAUCCGUGUACACUGUAUCCUUCAGCGGUGAUCAAAGGCGAUGCAAAGUUCUACUGUGCAAAGCGGCGUGAACGAGACAGCUUAAGAGGACCCUGGCGACUGGUGUUUAAGGCUCCUAGUGGAACAGCCCCUCCAGCUGGUUACAGCGACCUCAUGGAUCUGUAUGACGCGUCGGGUUCCUACAAUGAGUACAACACUGCUGCAAUGACUGACUACAGUGCAGGAGGCUCAAUUUAUAAAUCUUCAAAAUUAGAUGAAUGGAAUGUCAAUUUAACAGUCAGUGCAGUAAAAUUAUCCGCAUUUAAAAAUGGUAGAGAAGUACACUAUGCCGCAUUUGAGGCCAUCGGGAAAGACAAAACGAACUGGUUUGAUUGCGAUAGACUAAUAGAAUCUUCGUGGAAUGAUCUGGUGGAUGGAAACCGGACCUGCACUAAAAGUACUGCUGAUACCUGGAAGCGGAACUUCUUCCUCCAGAGCGACUACCCGACAUGUACAAACGAGACAGGCUGGUUCGUAUUUAAAGACUACGGGGCGACCUCUGGAUGUACAGAAUGGGAUGUAACGUCAUCACUUCCUAAGAUUUACUUUUCUCAAGCCAAUGAACGUGUAACAUGGAAUAACGGAAAUAUGUCAACUGCAGAUGCUAUGGCGAUCUUUAUUAUGGAUUGGCACAUGGUAUUCAAGGGUGUAGAAGGUAUCACACCUACCGCUGGUGAUUUGGUCUCGUUAUGGAAUGGGGUUGACACGGAAAACGACAACGACAUCACUGCCACCACACUUACGAAAUCGCCGAACCUUGCAUACAAGUCCAGUCUUCUAGAGAAUUGGGCGGAUGCUUUCACCUUCAUAGAUAUGGUAAAAUAUGCGUUUUUUACGGGUGGUGUUGAGAAAUCGUUUAUCGCCUUUGACGGGAGAGGUACAACCAAGACGUCCUGGUUCACAUCGUCAAAAAUCCUGUUUUCCAGUUACAGUGAUAUCAAAACUGCUAGCAUGGACCACUGUAGCAUCACGAGUGAUUCACGACGAAAGUUUCUUGUAACCCACGACGUGACAACGUCGUGUGCUUCAUAUCAAAUGUGGAUGGCAACACUUGACGUUGGGGGGUCUGUAUACUGUUCAUUUGACAAUUCUGGACUUCUUGGUGCGUCAAGACCCAAUUUCCUCUACAGUUCAUCGGACCAGUACGCCUAUCCACAGUCUGGAGGCACCUGGGAUAGUGCAAGCGUACCAACAGCAGAUGUAAUGGGCGUAUUCAUUAUAGGUUGGUAUCCACUCCUGAAGGUCGCCAAAGGUGUCGAUCUAUCGCCUGCUUCCGGUGUUUACGACCUAUGGACUGGCACGUACACAUUAAACGAAUACAAUGACACAGACACUGCGUUUUCCUUCGCGGCUUCGACAAUGGCCUACAAGUCCAGUGUUGUUGAUAACUGGGCCAGCUACUACAUCAAGGCGAUACGAGUAUCAUUGUUUGUGGGCGGACAAGAGGUCGCCUUUGUUGCAUACGAUGCGAAUGGUGCUGACAAAAAUGAAUGGUUCAGUUGUGAUCGAAUUAUCUACUCAUCUUGGCCCGAUGUCAAUCGCUUUGCCCACCGAGAUUACUGCAGUAUUGAUGGAGAUGCUGCCAAAAAUAGACGAAUGUUCAUGGCGUCGUCCUAUGCCGACGACUGUUCAACAAACAGUGGCUGGUUCGGUAUGAUUGAGGACUCCACCACGACCUGCACGUGGGAACAGAAACACGCCAGACCAUUUGCCAUAUACAGUGACGCCCAAUCAUUGGAAAACUUUGACGAUAUGGCUGUAGCCGAUGUCUUUGCGAUAUCUAUGUCUAAGGACUCAAUAUGCGAUAUCGUGGAAUGCGACAAUGGUGGAACCUGCUAUGACUGGGGAGCGCGAUAUCGAUGUUUCUGUGAUGGCUAUUUUUACGGCUGGUUGUGUCAGAACUUGGAUGGAAACUGGACGACGUGGAGCGAUUGGAGUUCGUGUAGUACAUCUUGUUACGCAAUAGGGACCCAGUUCCGGUACCGGAACUGUACCGAACCAGCCCCAGUGGGACACGGUUUGGACUGUGGUUCUCCGGACCUCGAAGUUCAGACCUGUGUACCAGACCACGAUGUCUGUCCUGAAUACAACACGGGUAAUCUAAACGAGACCCAGAACUACACCAUGAUUUGUCCGACUGGAUUCUAUAUAUUCGUCGAUGACGCGUACUACGGCGACGGAACUAAUUGCUACGUAGGUGAUGCUAUAAAUAGACUGAGAGGAUAUUGUCACGGGCAGACGGAUAGCUGUCAGUUCUUCUUCACGGAUUCUUACUUUGGAGGUGAUCCGUGCACAUCAUAUCCAAGCGUACGAAAAUAUGGAUACGCCAAACUCAACUGUAUCAAAAGAGACAUACUGGAUUCAUUCCAUGGACCAUGGCGACUUGUCUUUAAAGCACCUCGAGGCAAAUAUCAAAGUGGCCAUGCUGAUGUCAAGACGUAUUAUGACGCAACUGCUAGCUCUACAGAGUCGGAUGCGGAUGUAACGGAUAAGAGAGAUUUCUCCACGUCAGCUAGCGUAUACAAAUCUGAGAUCUUAGACAACUGGGGUUCAACAGUGACCUCUCAAGCGAUCCGGCUGUCAGUUUGGAAGAAUGGUAAGGAGGUGCAUUAUGUUGUAUUUGAGGCAUUCGGUAAAACCAAAUCAGACUGGAUGGACUGCAGUAGGAUCCUGUACUCAAGUUGGCACGAUCUCGAUUCAACGCAAAAUGUCACGUGUCAAAUGAGAGAAGACGAACUUAAAAAGAGAACGUUCUACCUGAGUCGAGGAGGCUACACAAGCUGCACGGACGAGAGUGGUUGGUUAAUGUAUAAAGACAGAGGCGCAUCAAGUGGUUGUUCUGAAUGGGACCCUACAACUAGUCUGCCGUCGAUCAAAUACGCAACGGCAACAGAACAUGUCACUUGGGCCACAGGACCAACUGGUGAUGCUGAUGCCCUAGCCAUUUAUGUUAUGGACUGGUUCAUGGCCUUUAAGGGUGUUCAGGGAGUAACGGCGUCCACCGGAAGUCUAAAGUCCCUUUGGGAGUCAGAGGAAACCGAAAACUACCUUGACACAUCCGCUCAAACUGUGUCAACAGCACCAGGCCUCACCUUCAAAUCAUCAAUGGUUGAACUCUGGCAUGAAUCCUUCACAUUUACUGAAAUGGUGAAGUACGGUUUUUAUUCCGGUGGGGCGGAAGUUGCCUAUGUCAUUUUUGACGGUCGCGGUACAACGAAGUCCUCUUGGUUAAACUGUGCUAACGUAUUAUUCUCCAGUUAUGACGACGUCAUCUCACAGUCCCAAUCGCAUUGCAGCAUUGAAGGAGAUGGCAUUCGGAGUUUUGCCAUCUUGAAGCAAGGAGGAACCAGCUGUGCUAGCGUGCAAGGGUGGAUGAUGAUGUCGGAGAAUUCUUCUGAACCCUGUGUGUUUGAUCGGGCAUCGAACGUGGAGGCUACACCGUUUUUCCUGUACAGUAGCGCAAGUACAUACAACACUCCACAGAGCGGUUUCUCCUAUUAUGCAGCAGGAAUGCCAGCAGCCGAUACAAUGGGCGUGUUCGUGAAAGGUUGGUUUCCUGCAUUCCAUGUUGCACAUGGAGGUGCUUUGUAUGGAGCCAGUAGUAUAUAUGAUCUGUACACUGGAUCGCAUAUCGUCAAUGAAUACAACGAAACCGCCUUCUCACUUGACGACAAUGCUAUGACAUUUAAGUCCAGCAUGAUAAAUUCCUGGACAUCAUAUUAUGUACAAGCGGUACGAGUUUCUUUUUUCAAAAACAACGUUGAAGUCGCCUAUAUCGUGUUUGACGGUCACUAUACCACAAGUACAGAUUGGUUUGAUUGUGAUAGAAUUUUAUAUUCAUCAUGGAACGAUCUAACACGAGAAACGCCGACAGAUUACUGCAGUAUUGCAGGGGACACAAACAGGCGGUUUUUCAUGGAAGCCUCCUAUGGGUUAGACUGUACCGCCGAUAGUGGCUGGUUCGGAGUAGUGGAAGGAGCAGGAUCAUGUGGAUGGGAAUCAAUGGCGACGCCUCCAUUUUUUAUGUACAGUGAUGCUAGUACCUUAGAGGAAAACGCUGCUAUGGCAGUGGCAGAUACCUUUGCGAUCUCCGUUGCGAUGGACAACAUAUGCAGUACUGUAGACUGCCUGUAUGGAGCCACAUGUGAUGACCAGGGUGGACGUUAUGACUGUAUAUGUGAUGGAGACUAUUACGGCUGGCUAUGUCAGCAUUUGGAUGGUAACUGGACAGCGUGGACGGACUGGGAUACGUGUAGUACAACAUGUUAUGCCGAAGGAGGACAAAACCGGUACAGGACCUGUACCAACCCCGCACCUGUCGGAGACGGUCUCUACUGCCCAGGAGUUGAUAUAGAAUUCCAGUACUGCAUACCCGACUUGCCGAUAUGUGCAUCAUACGACACCGGGAAUAUACAGGAAAAUGGCUGGUACCACAUGGUGUGUCCUUCUAGUUACUAUAUAUAUGUAUGGGACAAUUUCUACGGCUUUGACGAAGGCGGGGCUAAUGAGUGUAAGGAUACUGAUGCCAAGGACAUACUUUUUGAUCAAUGCCACAACGUUACCAAUGGGAGUUGUCGAUUCUACUAUGAUGACGUCACCUACAGUGAUCCUUGCAACAAAACGUACAGCCAGGUUACCAAUUAUGGACACGGGUUAUUGUAUUGUGCGCGAGACGGUGUCUGGAACGCUUGGCAAUCCUGGUCGUUCUGUACCGUAACGUGCGGUGGUGGGACUCGGUACAGAGAACGUGUAUGCGACAACCCAACACAGGUCUGGCCUGGUAAUUACUGUCCGGAUGUCUAUAACGACAGCAAAUCUUGUAAACCGCAAGAUUGUCCAGCGUGCGGGGACCAUUACGCUGGAUAUGAUGAGCCGGAAAAUAUAACAGUCUUCAAUGAUACAAGAUCAGGAAUGGGAUAUCUUUUACUUGAUGUCAACUGGGACUUCCCCUGCUGUGAGGUUGUACAAGCCUUUGAGUUUGUCCCGAGAGUGGCAGGAGAGAUAUAUUUCCAUAUAUGGCGAAAAUUCAGCAGUACAAAGUAUGAACUGUUACACAUGACGAAUUACACAGUCAACGAGACUGAAAUAGGAACUUCUAUAAAUCACACUUUACCGUUGAAGAAGAGAUUUUCAGUAAGACUGGGAGACUUUCUCGGCUGGUAUACCCCCAGCGAAAACAUCAUCAAGUACGCGGAGUGCUGUUGUGAAGGCUGUCCAAACCAGACCUGGGUAGCUCCGCUUCCUGCGAACCUUGAAGUUGGAGAUAGGUACAAAUGGACCACAUUAGGUACAAAGCUAUCGGAUAUAGCUUACGCCUUACGAUUCUUUACGGCGCCGAACACAGUUCCUUACGUCAACCAGACGUAUUAUGACGCCCUGGUACCUGAUAAUACGCCUAUAGGCGGAAGUUGUAUCAACUAUCAUAUUACUGAUGACGAUGUUGGUGACUUUGAUCUGCUUAUCCACACUUUUGUUGAUACAACGGGACUAUUUGAACUCAACACCACUUUUCCAGGAAACAUUCACAUCCAGACCACAAAUGUCUUGCCAAGCACAUACUCGGUGUUCGAACUCGUGCUGACUAGCCAUGACGACUGCUCCAACACUGCAACGACUACUUUGACGAUCAUGACCUACAAUGCACCGCCUAUUUUCAUCAACCUGCCUGACAGUAUAGAGGUGAGCGAAGCCCUGGUCGAGGAAGCUAUGCUAUUUGAGAUCGACGCCGUGGAUCAAUCAGAAAACGACUCUGUUUGCUGUACCCUGACGGAAGUCAUCCCAGGGUCACUUAACUUCCAACUGAAAUUUAUCAACAACACCUACAGAUUAUUUACCGUAGAGAACCCGGUGUUCAGCUACAAAGAUAUCAGUGAUUACUACAAGGUGUACUUCUGUUGUUCUGACGACCACGGAAUCUCUACCCAGUUUCUCGAGAUCUUCAUGAUUGACGUAAAGGAUGUCGUAACCUACGUACCGCCAACGUGGUUCCUGACAGCUAUAAGUUGCAGUAUGGUACCUAUUUCGGUGACGUUUAUCUUUGCCUGCAUGGUGUUGUGUAACACCGUAUUCUGUGAUGCGGAGAUUGAGUAUUACUACGAGUAAUAUGUCUAUGCCUGGCGUGUUAGGAAGCAAAGUGGAAAUUAUUAUGGGAGCAAUGACUCCUUUUAUAAAUUCUUAGAAAAAGGGAAUAUUUUACAAUCGUCAGUGUGCUUUAUUUUUCAUAUCUUGAAGGGCUCUUCCUCUGAUAUACUAACACACAGCUCUUUCAGCCAAUCAAAACGGCGUAAGAAACAACGACGUAUCAUUUUAUGCUAUAUAUGGCAUGGUAGAAAUAGUUAAAUAAGUUCAUCAAUAGAAAUGUCACGAGGACGAUCUAAUUAUCUGCAUGUAGUUACAAAUGUUGGUUUGCUUUCAUAAAUCAAUUUGAAAUUUCGACAAUGGGACAAUUAAAUCCCGGUAAUGCUUUUGAACAUGUCAAUGUUUAUGUCGUGUUUCAUUGAAUGUUAUCUAUGUACAUAGUAGAAGUACAAACAUUAUUAAAUAUUAACUAACAUAUUGCACGUGUCAACGUUUGAACAGAGUUGAGUUUUCGUAUCACUAUGUACAGACAGUUAUUUUUUUUUUAAAUUAAAUAACGGAUAUAUCAAAAAGAUUAAUACAAAUAAUGUUUAUACAAGCCCUACAUCUGCGCAAGUCAUAUUUGAACAUGCAAAUUCGUUUUCCUUUUAGAUUUUUUUAUUAAGACUUUUAGCCAAAGUCGUUUCAUCACUGUUUGUGUUAUUUACUUUGAUAUAUUUCAUAAAUGUUUAGCUUGUAAAUUUUGUAUAUUUUUUAUUUGGCGUCUAUUUUCUUAAGAUAUUUAAAUUAUAUAUUGCCGUUAUGCAAAAUUUGACUUUUUUUCGUGUGUCUGUGUAGAUUGUUUUAAAAGAUAUAAAUUUGUAUAAAUGAUGUUAAUAAACAUGUUGUUUGUACAGUAUUUCAAAAUUUGUAUAUAUGUUGAUAAUCUGUAUAAAUCUAUAGAUGUUUGUCAUAUACAUGUAGUUGUGUAUAAUAUUGAUGUAUUUGUUUUAAAUGUAUUUUACUCUUUAGUUGCUGAGCUGUAUUAAUUUGUAUUUGUGUUAUCAGUUUAUAGUUGGUGCUUACAUCAUACAAUGUUUUAGAUGUUGUUUAUACAUAUGUUUUUGUUUAAAUGUUGAUUUUAGACAAAUUUGUACACGUUUUUAAUAUAUUUUCAAUAGGAUAAGUAUUUUUAUCUCUGACAAUUAUUUUUUGUUUGUUAUCAUUUGUCUUCAUUAUUGUUGUUGUUUAUGAUAUGUAUGUAACCAUCCGUGUGGAAUAAAACAACUGUUGUUAUUGCUGA